AUGGCCGGAAAAGUGUCAAAAAUUGAAGAGGUAUGCGAAGGAGUUUCAGGUCUUUCUAUUUUAGUUGCUAUAAUUCGUACUCAUGAGUACCUGGAUGUUAAAGAUCAUAGUCAGGGGGGUUUGGCCUCUCACCAGUUUAUGAGAAAAUUGAGAGGAGACGAGGCUCCAGUGAGAAGGUUAUCGAUAAGGGGUCUGCUGCCGGACACAGAACAAUACAUGACGUACGAAGGUUCGACGACGGCCCCCGCAUGUCACGAAACUGUCACUUGGAUUGUGAUAAAUAGCCUAUCUACAUCACCAAGCAACAGAAAAGUACCUACUGACAGGGAUUGCUCAUUAGAUAAUUUGGAAAAAAUACUUCUGGCUGCUGAACACAACAAUUAG